CAAACCCUCCGCCCUGCGUCGCCAUCAACGCCAUGUCUGCAAUUUUGAGCAAAACGGAGUCAUGGGCUCUGUUUUCUCUGUCUGCAGCAUGUACCGGUAUCCUGGCCAAUACCUUUCACGGCGAGGGCGAGCCCCUAAUCGUCUCGUUAGCUCUCAGUGGGUUGGCAUUUGCGUUUAGCUUCUGUCUCAUUCGUUGGCUCGGGCCUACUUUCAUGAGGGUUGGGCUAAAAGGCAAGGACAUGUCGAAGGCGAAGCAAAUUGAAAUCCCGGAAACCAUGGGCGCCAUAUGUGCAGUCGUAUAUAUUUUGGCAAUAAUUAUUUUCAUCCCAUUUCCAUUCUAUAAAUAUAUUGUGGCUGCCACGUCAGGUGGCGGCAACAAAGAUGUAAUGUUUGAAUUAAAUCAGGUGGAGACUGGAAGACUUCUCCACCGCUUCCCUCACAGCAAGCUCGCGUCAUAUCUAUCUGCCAUCUUAUCGCUUCAAUCGGUUGUGCUCCUAGGAGUUGGCGAUGACCUGUUCGAUAUCCGAUGGCGACAUAAAUUGUUCAUCCCUGCUUUUGCAGCGAUCCCCAUGCUCAUUGUAUACUUUGUCGACUUUGGUGUGACCAAAGUCGUCGUUCCGGUGCCUUUACAGUCAUACCUGGGAGAGAUUUUCGACCUCGGCUGGCUAUACUAUGGAUAUAUGGCCAGCGUAACGAUAUUUUGCCCAAACAGUAUAAAUAUUCUCGCGGGCAUUAACGGCAUCGAAGUUUCCCAGUCUCUCGUCAUCGCUGUGCUCAUUGCUCUCAAUGACGUCCUUUAUCUUAUUCCAAUCAACGCCCGUCCGCAUCCUGCGACGGACUCACAUCUCUUCUCGCUCUACUUUUUAUUGCCAUUCAUUGGCGUUUCACUGGCCCUAUGGAAACACAAUUGGUACCCUGCAAGAGUGUUUGUCGGAGAUACCUAUUGCUAUUUUGCCGGAAUGGUUUUUGCUGUCGUUGGAAUCCUUGGGCACUUCAGUAAGACUUUACUCCUUCUGUUUGUCCCUCAAAUCUUCAAUUUUCUAUAUUCGGCGCCUCAAUUAUUCGGUCUCGUUCCCUGCCCCCGUCAUCGACUCCCACAUUUCAAUGCCCGUACCGGCCUCCUUGAACCGUCGACUGCCCAGUUCAAGCAGCCUCCGAAGCCACUGGUUGAUAUUGCCCUCAAUAUCCUGCACAAGAUUGGCCUCCUGAGGAUCGAAAAGAACCCUCAGGGACAGAUUGUCAGCUGCACCAAUUUCACCAUAUUGAAUUUAUGGCUCGUGUGGUUUGGUCCCAUGCGAGAAGAUCGACUGGCAAUGGGGAUCACAGCCAUGCAGACAGUGGUUGGUCUGCUGGGAUUGUUAGUGAGGCACAAAUUUGCGUUGUUGAUAUUCCGGCAAGAUAACCUGACGGUAUGAGGACUGGCUGGUUGACUUAUACAUCGGGGAUUGAAAUGAAAGAUUAUAUUUAGAUUCGAAUUUGCGUGCUUUAGAAAUGACUCAGUAAAUAGAUAGAAAAGGUUCAAGAUGCUAGAUAUGGACAGUGGAGAAGAUCUCUUUGUCUGUUGUUUGUCGGGCUGUGCUUUCAUAUUCGUGUAUUGCUGGCCAUGGUAUGACGUCUGUAAGUCAUGCGAUAACCGGAGAGUUUCACAGCUUUAUCAUUAGUGAUAAGGUAUUUCUGGCUUAUCGUUUUUUGUGCGAUAAAUCGGACUUUGUAUUGUGCGAUGGCUAUUGGUUGUUGCGGCGCUUUGAAAUUCCUCCUUCCUGAUCUG